AUGAAUGCCUCCUCGAGCGGGAGCCAUGGCAGCGGCGGUGAGGGCAGCGCUGCUGCCCUCCUCAUCCUCCUCCCCGUCGCCGCUGCUCCGCCUCCCGCGUCGCUUCCUCUCGCUCACGACCCCGACGAGCAGCCGCUCGACCGCGCCAAGCGCCGGUACCUCCGCAAGUGCCGCAGCUACCUCCUCCCCCAGCCUAACGCUACCACCACCACCAAGCCCUCCUCCUCCUCGUCGGAGUUCGUCGAGCUUCGGCCCAAGGUGGUGGACUUCCCACGCCUGCACGGGCGUGAGGAGGCGCUCUACUUCCACGACACCUUCGCCAUGCCGUGGGAGAAGGACAAGCACUACCGCAUGCUCUACCGCCUGGAGAAGAAGAGCCUCGUCUUCUUCGACAACGAGAAGAAGGAAGAUGAGGGAGGGGAGCGGGUGGUCAGAGCGGAGCCGCGGCAGGUGAAGCGUGAGGUGCCAAGGGUGGAGGAGCGUCCACAGCCAUACCUCGUCACCAGGACCACAGAGCUGCCACCAAGGUGGGAUGGCCCGGCCGAGACCAUCGUGCUCAUUGACAAGCCCAAAGGUUCUGGGAUUCUCUCCAAAAUGUAUCAUCUAAGACAACAGUAG